ACUCUAACCACCAGCUGUUGCCGCCUCGUUCAGCCGCUCUUUUAAUUUUGUGUUGUUACUUAAUUGAUAAACUUUUUGAGGGGAGCGGCGCUCUCCUCCCGAUAACCUCUCAGCACUUUAAAUUAAUAAACAUAGCGCCAUGGUUCGAGUGUCCGCUUUUCUCAGGAUGGCAGCUUGCCUUACUCAAAACCCGGCCAACUUUCUAUCCGACGGCAAAAAAAUAGUCGGAGUGGCCCUCAAUUACAUGGAUGUGGUCAAGGCCAGGAAUGUUCCGGUACCCAAGGAGCCGCUGGUGUUCCUCAAACCCACUUCGUCUUACCUUCGGGAAGGCCAACCUAUUAUCAUCCCUAAAGUCUUCUCCAAGGUGGCCUACGAAGUUGAACUGGGCGUGGUAAUUGGAAAGCCUUGCAAAAAUGUAUCCAAGGCUCGGGCUAUGGAUUAUGUGGCAGGCUACUGUCUAGCUUUGGAUCUGACAGCACAAUGCCAUUUGGGCCCUGCCCGAGCAUCUGGACACCCAUGGACGUUAGGAAAGGGGUUCGAUACCUCCACGCCUGUAUCUGAAUUCAUACCCAUUAAGGAAGUAAAGGACCCCCAUAAUUUGAGUUUGUGGCUCACUGUAAACGGCGUGGAGAAGCAAAAAGGAUGCACCGCCGACUUGGUAUUUAACGUGCCAGACAUCAUUUCGUACGUGUCGCAGUACAUGACCCUGGAGCCCAACGAUCUAAUCCUGACAGGCACUCCAGACGGCGCGGAUGCCUUUAAGGCAGGCGAUGUAAUUGAGUGUGGUUUGGGGGAUCUUGCCACUCUUAAAUUCGACGUGUGUUCUGAAUAAAUAAAAAGCUUGAACUACUGGUAAUAUCUAAAAA